UGACAGAUGUGUCCACUGCAGGCCAAGUCGGCCACUUCUGUCUGGCGCCCUGAAGCCAUUCGCAUCAUAUUUUCUUGACAGCAGGCAAAGGCUUCUAGGAAAUCCCUGUUUCGCGUGGUUUUUGUUUCUAAACUUUCAGCCGCCAAUCGCCAACCUUGAACCAGGUACGUACUGGCUGCACGCACUCUUGGUCGCGGCAUCUUCCAGGUUCUAGCGCUUGCCGAAAGUGGAUGGUCGCCUGGGGAACCCCCGUUGUUUGUCACAUUGCGUGGUCCAAUGGCAGGGCCGAAAUCUCGGUGCAUCUCUGUUGUUCACAGCUCCAGUCUGCAACUCUAGGUGCUUCGACCAGCCCUUUUCUCGCCCUUUUCCGCCCUCCCCCGUUCUUUACUCACCUCCAAUCCGUCGACAUCCCUGGCUCACCGGCGCACCCGCCGCCCUGCCUAGCAACCUCGUUGAAACACCACCGCUGUAUAUGAUAAACAACCAGCUAUUAUAGUCCCGAGCAUAAAUUCACCUGACGUCUUGAUGCCUGCCCUCUCCACCUGCUUUCCGAGACCAUCUACACUACACUGGACACAGCACCACAGCUACAGCUACUACGAUCACAAUAGUUUUAUCCUUACCUCGACGACAACACCCCGAAACGAACCCCUACAGCCCCAGGAGGAGGACUGAUGUUUGCACACAAUAAGCCCAGGGAACGGGGCUCUCCCCGGAAAGUGACGCCGCCGUCACCUUCGUACAUGUCGAACGAGCAAUUCGCCGCGUACCUGGCAGACCUGCGCAACAACCGCAUCAACCGGCCCGGCGGUGCUCGUCCUCUUCCCACCUCCCCCACAAAGCAACGAGAUGUAGCCGGGCUACCCCCUAGUGGCCCGUCCAUGGGAGCCAUGCCAGCUUCCGAAACAUCAUCACUUCGCCACCAUCAUCACAACGACAGCCAGCAGCAAGGGUCCCCCUUAGAAGUCAGCGGGAUAGGGCCCUCCGCAAGUCUUCCGUCCAUGUCCGCCAGUAUAUCAUCAAGAUUUUCAGCGGGAACCCGGGGGAGAGACUAUUACCCGAACCGCCCGGUCCAGCCGUUGAAGCCGUCAGACGUCGUACCAAGUGCAACCUAUAUCGAACGGGGUCAGAGAUGGAUGGAAAAGGAGGAGGCGUUUUCGCUGCGGCAGGCUAUGGAGGAUAUGACAGUCAAAAAUGAGGAAGUAAAGGAAGAUGGUGCGCCGGUUGCCGAGGAUGAGGAUGAAAAGCGGCUUUACAACGCUGCUCUCGACGAGGCUGCCGAGCUGGUAUGGCAGCACCAGAAUCCUGGCAAAGUGCCUCAGCCAGGCACCCCUUAUCGAUACAAAUCCCACCUUCGCAAGGACAGCUAUGCGCACGCACGUACGGCGAGCGUGGGCAUGUAUGGCAAUGAUGUUGCUCCAACUGGACUGGCGAGAAAUUCUACUUCUACGUCAGUUUCCGGCAGCUCGAGCGAAGGUGAAGAUGGGCCUGCGUCUAUCAGAAGUCGUUCGUCUUUCACCUCGGCUCAUCCGGUCGACAGUGGGCGAGGAAGUCUCGAUUCGUUGCGGGGGGGUUCAGCUGAGGCUCGGAAUGCAAAGACAUACAACGGAGUCGCGGCUCCCGCAGGGCCUCGGCCAGCGGGGCGCCGUCGAAGCAGCCUCAAGAGAAACAUCAGUGGCGAAGUCCAAAAGCCUUUUUCUGGUGAUCAGAUCUGGGAAGAACCCGACAGCCAGGAAGCUGAGCGUGCUGAAGAUCCGUUCCCACAAGAUGGGAAAGCUCAGGCCCUGCAGUCAAAACCAAGGAACCCGUUAAACCGUGUGCAGUUUGCUCCCGAGGCACAAUCGGUUGCGGUCACGUUUCCACCGUCCCCCCAAAAGCGCAUCAAUAGAUUUGAGAUUCAUCGCAACCCUCCAACCCAAUCGAGGAAUCCUGCUUAUACCACAAACUCGCGCCCACAAGCUCCUGUGGUGCGUGAGGACGUGCCUCGAAAGCACGGUAUCGAGGUUCGGAGCGACGAGAUUCGGCAGGCCACCACUAUGAAGCUCAAAGACCGUAGUCCAGCGCUACCCACGCCAUCUGCCGUCAGUGACGUUCCGGGGCGACCAAUCGUAAGCUUUGAUAAGAAUUGGAAGCCCCAUGAGGAGGCUACUGACGAUAAGUCAGACUCGACGAGGUCCGGACGAGGCAUCGAAGCCCAGCAUCCCGUGUGCCUCGUCCCUGGCCGGAUCCUCUCCAAGCAGUCCAAAGAAGCCCAGCAGCAAGCGCCGCCGAUCCCUUCUAUUUCUGUUUCGGAUGAUUCUCCGACCCCAUCGCCGCCUACGCGCCGCUCACCGUUCCGCCGCCCACAACCAGCGCCGCCCACUAUUCAAGUAGAUGGGCCUGCUGUUCCCUCGAUUUCGGUGUCGGACACCUCCUCGCCCGCUGCCCCGCCAGUUCCGUCCAUCGUAAUCGCGCCUGACGAUGCCGAUGACGGUCCGAGUAUCCCCGUGAUCGUGACCCCGGACGACAGCGCGAGUACGAAUAAUAGUGGCGGCUCGCGGCGGCCACUCCCCACUCCUCAACCAGGAGCGCCUCGUGUCAGGCAGGCUGCAGCCCGUCCUAGAGGACACUGGACUCCUGACCCUAGGCCCGUGGGCAGCAGGGCGACGGCUCGCUGCCACGAGUGCGGCCACUUCAUCGAGGGCCGCUUCGUCUCACUGGCAGGUAACUCAGAGCGAUUCCACCCGCAGUGCUUCACCUGCUUUUCCUGCGGGACCUCCCUCGAGGCACUGGAGAUUUCUCCCGAGCCAGAUCACUAUCGUGCCCAGCGCCUCGAGCGCAUCUCUCGCCGCGCUGCUGGCGAGAUACUCCCCGAAAAGCCGGGCGAGACGGAAGCAGAGGACGGCGACGAACGCUUGCGCUUCUUCUGCCACCUCGACUGGCACGAACUGUUUGCACCAAGGUGCAAGCACUGCAAAACGCCCAUCAUGGGUGAACAUGUUGUGGCGCUUGGCUCACACUGGCAUUUUGGUCACUUUUUCUGCGCCGAGUGCGGUGAUCCGUUUGAAAAGGGCAUGACGCAUAUCGAAAAGGACGGCUAUGCGUGGUGUGUCUCUUGCCAGACGAAGCGCACAGAGCGGAGGGCACCCAAGUGCCGCGCCUGUAGGAAGGCUGUCAUCGGACAAUACAUUCGGGCGCUGGGCGGCGAGUGGCAUGACGAGUGCUUCCGCUGCGCUUCCUGCCACGGCGGGUUUGACGACGGCCAGAUUUUCCCCCAGGAGGGGCGUGGAGCGCCGGGCGAGACAGUUGUUCUGUGUACCAGGUGCAUGGAGGCUGAGCUCAAGGCUUGAGGAUUGAUUGCAUCCAUGGGUGUGAGAGGUGCCCUUUUAUGGUUACAUGAUGAUCAUGGCCGAUGAAUCGUGUUUUUGCUGUUGUGUUGCAUGGCGUACUUGAAUACAGUGAGCGGGUCAAGCAUAUCUAUCUGUCUAUUUUUGUCUUGGAAUGGGGCUUGGGGUUUUAACGGAGGAAGGCAUAAUAAAUCAAAGUCUGUACCUAGAUCUGGCGUUGAUGACUUUGCAAAAUCGCUAACAUGAAUUCUUUCUCACUUUUACAUUCAGGAGGAGCAAGGCGAUUGUUGUACUGCACAAGCAGAACUUCGCAGUCACAAAAUCAGCAGCAAAAAGAUCAGAAUUA